GAAUUGAAAACCAACAGUUUCACGACACUUUUCAGGAUGACCAUGAUAACUCGAGUGAUAUUUCUUUUUAUGCUUCACACGGUUUCAUCCCUAGAUAACGGGCUCGCCAGGACGCCGCCAAUGGGAUGGAUGUCAUGGACAGCAUUUUACUGUGAAAUCAACUGCGAAUCUCACCCAGAUCAUUGUAUCAAUGAGAAACUCUACCAAGAGAUGGCCGAUCGACUGGUGGAAGACGGCUUUUUGGACGUUGGAUACAAUCGUGUUCAUAUCGAUGACUGUUGGAUGGAACGGGAGAGGGACAAAUCAGGUCGACUGCUGGCGGAUCACCAACGUUUUCCUAGUGGAAUAAAGAAGUUGUCUAAAUAUAUGCAUGACAGAGGUCUGCAACUUGGUAUCUACGAAGACUAUGGCACCAAAACUUGCGAAGGAUAUCCUGGAAGUUUGGAUCACCUGAAGAUCGAUGCCGAAACGUUCACUUCUUGGGAUGUGGACUAUCUGAAGUUCGACGGGUGCAACGUCAAUACUACACUGAUGCCUACUGGCUAUCCUGAAAUGGAGCGCGCUCUUAAUGCCACUGGGCGUCCGAUUGUUUACGCUUGUGGCUGGCCUUUCUUCUUCUACAAAGAUGGCAAAAAGGAUAAGGUGAACUACACUGCAGUACGGUCAGCAUGUAAUUCCUGGAGGAUCUACGAAGACGUGAUCGGUAACUGGAACUCAAUCUCUGACAUCAUUCGCUUUGUAGACGCCAAUCAGGAUGUUCUGGCAGCUGCACAGGCCCCAGGCGGAUGGAAUGACCCCGAUAUGAUUGUGGCUGGAUUGCCGAAUGUCACCAUCGAUCAGGCUAUGGUCCAAAUGACUCUUUGGUCAAUAUGGUCUGCACCGCUGAUAAUGUCAAACGACUUACGUGUUUUGAAACCCGAAAUCCGGGAUAUCCUGUUGAAUCGCAAUGUCAUCGCUAUCGAUCAGGAUCCGUUGGGAAUAAUGGGCAAACUUGUGCGGAGGGUGAGUCGACAGAACUCGAUUCAUUCAAUACAAUGGAGCCUUUAG